GAUUCUGGAUUAGGCCAGCACCAUGGAGACACUCGGUAGCAAGAGAGAGAUGGCACUUCCAUCCCGAAGCUCUUCCCAGGCAAUAGGAGCUCCGACCGUGAGCUCUUCCCAGGCAAUAGGAGCUCUGACCCUGAGCUCUUCCCAGGUAAUAGGAGCUCCGACCCUGAGCUCUUCCCAGGCAAUAGGAGCUCUGACCCUGAGCUCUUCCCAGGUAAUAGGAGCUCCGACCCUGAGCUCUUCCCAGGCAAUAGGAGCUCCGACCGUGAGCUCUUCCCAGGCAAUAGGAGCUCCAACCGUGAGCUCUUCCCAGGUAAUAGGAGCUCCGACCCUGAGCUCUUCCCAGGCAAUAGGAACUCUGACCCUGAGCUCUUCCCAGGCAAUAGGAGCUCCGACCGUGAGCUCUUCCCAGGUAAUAGGAGCUCCGACCCUGAGCUCUUCCCAGGCAAUAGGAACUCUGACCCUGAGCUCUUCCCAGGCAAUAGGAACUCCGACCCUGAGCUCUUCCCAGGCAAUAGGAACUCCGACCCUGAGCUCUUCCCAGGCAAUAGGAGCUCCGACCGUGAGCUCUUCCCAGGCAAUAGGAGCUCCGCCCCUGAGGAAUUUCACCAUUCCCAGGAGGAAGAGGGGAGAUGGAAAAGCUCUUUUGGAUGUCUGCCUCAAAGAGAGCAGGGACUAUAGUCUGAUACAGACAACUCUGAAUGAGUCCCGAUUGGACAUGGGCAAGGAGAUAUCCCUCAGCUGGCAGUGGGAUGAUGUCACGCUAAUACACAACGAGGAGCUUCUGCGAGAGUUCUCUGAAAAAAGGUGACAAUCAACAUGUUGUUCAAUGGCGUUAGUGCAGA